AUGGCAAAGCGCUCACUUAGCAUACCCGCCCUGAAUAGACUAAAAGCAGAGGAGAAAAAUUUGGUGUCUGAUGCACCAGAAUGCGGUUUCUUGGCCGAGCCGCAGCUACAGUCGGAGGGUCUCAAGGACUACAGCACCUGGGACAUUUACAUAAACGGAUCGGAAGGUUCUCUUUACGAGGGCACCGUCCUGCACGCGGCCAUCGAGUUCUCGUCCGAUUAUCCCAUUACACCGCCAAAAAUGCGUUUUGUCUCCAAAAUGUUCCAUCCCAACAUCUACUCGGACGGCAAGGUGUGCAUCAGCACGUUGCAUGUUGCUGAUGAUGAUCCCAGUGCAUACGAAUCGCCAGAUGAGAAAUGGACACCUGUGCACGGCAUACGCACGAUUGUUUUGGGUGUGAUUUCCAUUCUCAACGAGCCCAACAUUGUAUCACCUGCCAAUGUUGAUGCGAGUAAGAUGUUUAAAGAUGAUUAUGAGAAGUACUGCAACACGGUGACGGCGUUGGCGAGAAAGGAGAGCUUGAAGAGGGUAGAGAAAAAAUAAAAAAAUGUGUUUG